GUCUGGGAGCACCGGGACGUGAUCCUCCCCCUGCCGCUCUCCUCGCUCUGCGCCCUCCGAGCCCUGCAGCGGCUCUCGGUCAGGGGCGACGUCCCCCUGGUGGACUUGAUCUACCUGGACUCCGCGCAUGAAAAGGGCGAGACGCUGCUCGAAAUGGUCCAGGCUUUCCGCCUCCUGAGAGGCGGCGGGGUCCUCCUCGGUGACGAUUUGGACUGGCCUGCUGUGCAGGGAGAUCUCCACCAAUUCCUGCAGACUUUGGAUCCGGCAGCCUGCUGCGGCGCCGAGGACGACCUUCUCUCGAGCAUCCCUGGCUUGCACUUCUGCGUCCAAUCCGGGCGAGGCUACUGGAUACUGGAUAGCAAGCCGCGCCAGUGGCUUGUGAGGAAGAGCGGCCGCUCUGAGAGCACCGACCUGCGUUCCCUCCAGCAGAGCAUGCAGGGCGAGGUCCGGGGGAAGUUGCGGGCGCAGGGCUUUUGGGGCUACUCUGGGUGUUAUGACAAGAAACCCCCCUAG